GGGUGUAGGAUAGCCUUAGCAUACAAACCUGGCUCAACAGACGGAGCCCCGACACGGCCCCGAAAACCCAAAAACAUCGAACACCGCAAUAGGCCAUACGAAUCUCAUGAAUCAGUGAUUAAUGAUUGCGCACUAAUCAUCGUUUCUGCAUCUCCGUUCUCUGCUGAAAUCUUUGAUGUUCUACUGUAACGCUUUGAAGAUUUGCACAUUCUAGAACAUUUCAGAGAGAGAGUGCAGAGAGGUGGAGGGGAGAAAAUGCCGAGCGUCGGUGUGAAACUGUACAGUGUUUUCUUCAAAUUUAUGUUGAAGCAUCGGUUACAGAAUCGAAUCCAGAACCAUGUUGUAGAUGGACCUAACGGCAGCACCACCGCCACCGCCACGUUUGGAGUCACUUCGCGGCCGGAGGAAGAGUCCAUCGUCGCCGCUAAUCCCGUCUUUACCGACGGAGUAGCCACCAAGGAUAUACACAUUGAUCCGUUAACUUCUCUGUCCAUUCGAGUCUUCCUUCCCCAAACCUGCCUCGAUUCCCCCGAUGCCGACUCCAGGCUUCAAGCUUCGUCUAAGGUUAGGGCUACUAAUAGUAAGUCUGAUUCGGCUCCCGGAUCUGAUCCGAAUCAGGUACUUCUUCGCCGGACCAGCUAUGGUUCUUCCGCCUCUAUCAAUGGAGCAAUUUCUCCCUUGGAGAGUAAUCAGAGUUUUAAUUACAACAAUCAUCGGAGAAGUAGCUAUGGAUGCAGUGCAGAUGAUCUCAGUUUGAAAUCUGACGGGGUUUAUAGAGGAUACUCACCUGCCACUAAAAAAUCUCGGAAGUUGCCUGUCAUGUUGCAGUUUCAUGGCGGCGGUUUUGUAAGCGGGAGCAAUGAUUCGGUGGCCAAUGAUAUCUUUUGUAGGAGGAUUGCAAAGCUUUGUGAUGUGAUUGUGCUGGCAGUUGGAUACCGGUUAGCUCCAGAGAAUCAAUAUCCGGCUGCAUUUGAAGACGGGUUGAAGGUGCUACAUUGGCUAGCGAAGCAAGCUAAUUUGGCUGAAUGUAGUAAAUCUUCAUUGGGGAGCAAGCAAAUUGCCGAUGCCUUUGGAGCAUCAAUGGUGGAGCCUUGGGUGGCUGCUCAUGGAGAUCCAUCAAGAUGUGUCCUCCUUGGAGUAAGCUGUGGGGGAAAUAUUGCUGAUUAUGUUGCUCGGAAAGCCAUAGAGGAAGGUAAGCGUUUGAACCCAGUCAAGGUGGUGGCACAAGUUUUGAUGUACCCUUUCUUCAUUGGAACUGUUCCAACACAGUCAGAGAUCAAGCUUGCAAAUUCCUACUUCUACGACAAGGCCACAUGUAUACUAGCAUGGAAACUAUUAUUACCCGAGGAUCAGUUCAAUUUAGACCACCCUGUUGCCAAUCCACUUGUCCCCGGAAGAGGGCCUCCAUUAAAACGGAUGCCUCCAACAUUAACAAUAGUAGCAGAGCAUGACUGGAUGCGAGACAGGGCCAUUGCUUACUCAGAGGAGCUCAGGAAGGUAAAUGUCGACGCCCCAGUGCUAGACUAUAAGGAUGCAGUUCACGAGUUUGCAACACUAGACAUGCUUCUUAAGACCCCUCAAGCUCAAGCAUGCGCUGAGGACAUUGCCAUUUGGGUUAAGAAGCACAUCUCGCUUCGGGGUCAUGAGUUCUCGUACUGAGUUCAAUCGCCAUAUCUUCAUAACGGCUUGUCACAUUUUUUUCCGAUGAUUGAGGGGGGCGGUUUGUUUCUAAAAAUGGGGUUUUUGUACCACAUAGAUCUCUAGCUGUUGGGCUAUGUCCUUGUGUGUUCAUGGUUCUGUUUCUUUCUUGUGUAAAAUAGAUGGCUUACUGGAGUGUAGAAAUACGGAGUAGUAGUUUUGAACUGCAAAUCCCAUUUUAGGUAUUUUGCUGUGUUUUUGCGCAAUUCCCUUCAUUUUAUUUAUUAUUGAUCAUUGAAUUGUACAAUCAUUGGUGAAUAUACUUACUCUUUUCCCUUUUCUU